UCUGGGCCCCGCCCCGGAGGGCCGUUGCAAAAGUUUGCCAUCGGAUCCUCUGGGGCAGAGUCUGGGUGAGAGAGUUUAGGGGAAGGCAACAUGGUGCUGAGCGAGGUGGCCGGACGACCCAGAGGGAAACUUGAGACCACGAGCAACCUCCGGAGCCCCUAGACUGGAGUCUUAGCCAAGACACCGCAGGAUGCAGCCAGUCCAGAUGCGCUUUUCAGACCGAGAGCCUGUUUUCUACAUUCUUGAUGGAUCCAGGUCUGCAGCGCUUCCGGAAUCCACCACCACCACUGUCCCAAUUGUUUCCUGAAAUGAACGUUCCUGGAGCGCCCUCUCGUGGACUGUUGAGAUAACCAUCUGUCUAGAGGAAGUCAUGGCAACGCAUGCGCAGAGUCACCAGCCCAUCUUGGGGAAUGAUACUCUCCGGAAACAUUACGAUUACGUGGGGAAACUGGAAGGCAGGCAGGACCCCCCUGACGGUGGUACCCACACCACUACCAUCCUCUUCUUGGUCACCUGUAGUUUCAUUGUCUUGGAGAACCUCAUGGUUUUGAUUGCCAUCUGGAAAAACAAUAAAUUUCACAACCGCAUGUACUUUUUCAUUGGCAACUUGGCUCUCUGCGACCUGCUGGCCGGCAUCGCCUACAAAGUUAACAUUCUGAUGUCCGGUAGGAAGACGUUCAGCCUGUCUCCGACCGUGUGGUUCCUCAGGGAGGGCAGUAUGUUUGUAGCCCUCGGCGCGUCCACCUGCAGUUUAUUGGCCAUUGCCAUUGAGCGGCACCUGACCAUGAUCAAAAUGAGGCCCUAUGACGCUAACAAGAAGCACCGCGUGUUCCUUCUGAUUGGGAUGUGCUGGCUGAUUGCCUUCUCACUGGGCGCCCUGCCCAUCCUGGGCUGGAACUGCUUGGAGAACUUUUCUGAUUGCUCCACCAUCUUGCCCCUCUACUCCAAGAAGUACAUCGCCUUCCUCAUCAGCAUCUUCACAGCCAUCCUAGUGACCAUCGUCAUCCUGUAUGCGCGCAUCUACUUCCUGGUCAAGUCCAGCAGCCGAAGGGUGGCCAACCAUAACUCCGAGAGAUCCAUGGCCCUGCUCCGGACUGUAGUGAUAGUGGUGAGUGUGUUCAUCGCGUGCUGGUCGCCCCUUUUCAUCCUCUUCCUCAUUGACGUGGCCUGCAAGGUGAAGGAGUGUUCCAUCCUGUUCAAGAGUCAGUGGUUCAUCAUGCUGGCUGUCCUCAACUCUGCCAUGAACCCUGUCAUCUACACUCUGGCCAGCAAAGAGAUGCGGCGUGCCUUCUUCCGGCUGGUGUGUGGCUGUCUAGUCAGGGGCAAGGGGACCCAGGCCUCACCCAUGCAGCCUGCUCUUGACCCAAGCAGAAGUAAAUCAAGCUCCAGUAACAACAGUAGCCAUUCUCCCAAGGUCAAGGAAGACCUGCCCCACGUCGCCACCUCUUCCUGCACCGCUGACAAAAACAGACCACUUCAAAACGGGGUCCUCUGCAAGUGAUGGUCUCUAGAGGGCCAGCUCUGCAGCCACACUUAUUUAUUGCAUGCAUUACCCACAUGGGCUCUCAGAGACCUUGACAUUGGAGGUCUGCUUGGUGUGGGCACAGUGUGGGCACCUCCUGAGGAGGGGGACCCAAGGAAUCAACAUUUCCGCCUUGACUUGGAUGUGCCUUAUCUGUUGCAGGCUCCAUCCCUCCGAAUGUACCAAGCUGCUGAUGUCAUCCACUGCCUCUGGCUGCCGCUUUCCCCGGUGUGGGGAGAGGGCAGGUGGGGAUGUGCUGUGCACAGUGCACCUUGGGAUGAUGUUUCGUUCUUUUCACACUACAUUUCUUUCUUUCAUAGAAUGGGUGCUCAUGUAUGUGUUUGUCCGUUCCUGUGUGGCGUAGGAUGUGCACACCAGGUUUUCCCAGGUGGAACCCGCAGGAAGUAUCAGUCCUCCACACAUUAUGUAACCGUCUCUCCAAACCAGCCCCCACUGCUGUAUCAGGUUCAAGGUCACCACCAAGUGCAAAGGAGAUGUGCCCCAUCCAGUCCUCUUGCACUGGUAUUCUUGCGCAUAGCAGUAAAACGUUAUUAAAGCUCUGUAUUCUCAGAAGCCUCACCCAAGAGAUGCCCAGAUAUGUGGGUCCCUCUCUCUUGAGUCCCAUGCAUAAGCUUAAGCACACGUGAAAGCCAAAUUAUGUGAUAAUUUGGGUAUUUCUGAAAACCACUGAAAAGCCAGCCAGAAUCUUUCAGAACCACGGUAGACCACUAAAGAGCAAGCCCAUAAGGGGAGGCAAAGCGCUCUCCACUGUGGGUCACCGUUCCAAGGGACUGGAGUCAGUUUGCUACAGUACGGUUUGCAAGCCAGCACUUCAGCUGUGUGAUGCUGUUUGAUUCUACAUAGAAAAGCUGGAUACAAACAUUCCGUCUGCUGUCACUGGCAAGGAGCCGGAGCUGUCAGCAAAGCUUCUCAACUCCCGCCACACAUGCCCUGAACAGGACCGUUCCGUGAGAGGACUCUGCCAGGCUGGGAGGUGGGCAGUGGCCAUUUGUGUUUCCCUCAGAGAACCAUCGUGUUCCUGUACAAUGGAUGCUCGCAUCACCUGGACCUGCAUUCCUUUGCCCUCCAUGUAAAGGAAGUACUCAGAGGGUACCUCUGAACUGACCUCUCCAAAGGCCCCAGCCACAGGACACACAGAUGAAAAGCAUCUGGGGGUCUCGCCAGCACCCAUGCUCCCAGAGAAGCCUUCAAAAGGACUCUCACUUGGGGGACCCUCAUGUCAGAGCACCCCAUGAGUUGAUCAGCCUCAGAGACCAUUGCCUUACGAACCCUGCCAUUACAUACCAGGGACCUUUCAAAUGCUGAUUUUACUCUGGAUGGUUACCUGAUGGCAUUUGCUCUUCCUUAAGAACUUUUUUUAUGGAUCCUAGGUAACCAUGGGCUGACUGACAAGAGAGUUUCCUUCAUGUCAUUCCCAGUGGCUAUAGCGUACUGCCGAGAAGAUGUUCUGCUGGGGCGUUGCUCUGCUCUCUUUUCUACAUCACUGAAAAAAAUAACUUAUUCUCUUGUCACACUGUGUUGACAAAACCCAAGGCAUCUCUGGUAAAGUGCGAAGGUUCUGGGUUAAGGAAACAAAACAAAACAAAACAAACAAACAAAACAAAACAAAAACACCAAGAAAACAGACGGGGGGGGGGGCGAGGUGAGGUGGAAACAAAGGGCUUGAGGACAUGUUCUUUCAUAAUUGGAAUGUUUUGAGGCCGUGCACCUGGGUCACUCAUAUUAAUAACAUUUCCCACGACCCUGACUUGUGAUGUCCGCCUAGGUUUGUUUUCAUUCAUCAGCCCCUGGAGGGAGCCACGCCCACCGCCCCCACUGGGAGGCAGCAUCAUUUGUAGCAUGAUAGAUUUUGCAGUGAUUGAAAUCGAAAAUACACUAAACCCCAGCUGUGUUCACUUGAUAUACCCAAAGCUGAUCGGGUCACCUGUGAUGCAGGUGUGCACUGCUUUUGCCAGCAGCCACCGGCAUUCAGACGCUGAGUCUGCCCAAGCCCUCACCCUGCCAGUCGGAAACAAGUGCCUGACACCAGAGAACUUGGGGCCCACCCAGGGCUGUGAGCAACCUUUACUACUUGCAGUUUAUGUUUAUUAAUAAUAAAUAAGAGACUUCAUAUAAAACCCAUUCUUGGGGUCUGUGUGGCACAUUGUUACUGUUUCACAAUAGACAUUCGGGAGUGUAAGGGGGCUGUCUGGCUUCUCCCUUGGUACCUGGUCUCCCAUCAUUUCAGGAAUAAACCACAUUUAGAAACCCAGUCACUAUAUCCAGCCCCAUCUUGUAGAAGAUGUUUGAAUGAAGCUUUAGUGUACUGGGUGCUACUGGCGCCAGUAUGUUUUACUGCUGUUGGCAGUGGUGGUGGUGAGCGCGUGUGUCUGUGGUGUGUGCAUGUGUGUGCACAUGUGUGUUAUUGUGCAUGCAGGAGCAGAGGCCAGAGGUUGAGGUUGGGUGUUGUCUGUUGCUCUGCACCUCAUUUUUUGAAACGGAGUCCCUCACUGAACCCGAAGCUGCCUGUUUGGUUAGAUCAACCGGCCAGCAAGCCCUUGGGAUCUGCCUUCCUCCUGCUGGGAUUAUAGACACAAACUGCCAAGUGUGGCUUUUACAUAGGCACAAGGCAUCCCCAUGGAACCAUUUCCCAGCCUAGGUCCCAUGUUUUGGAGAACGGUAAUAGCCCCUUUAAAGGGGAGAAAUUAUAAAAUAAAAGCAUUGUCCAAGCAGAGGGCAUUAGACUGGGCGGCCUUUGUCCGUGCUAUGCAAGACAGGUAAGCAAGUCAGUGCCAGCCCUUGGUACUGGUUCUCUGCCUCACAAGUUCUAACUUUCAACCUCUAACCUGAAUCCUACACGAAGAGGAUCCAUGUUUGGCCCAAUGCUCUAUUGAGUACAAUUGUUUUAACCUGUAGUUAAAAGUCCUCAGGGCAAAGUUCCCACGGUGAGCUCUGACCUGCCCAAAACCAUCUGUAUUCCAGCUCACAAUGCUGGUGGGAGUCUUUGGAAGUGUUUCUGCCAAGUCUUCCUUUUUUCUUCUGAGGAAAAGCAAAACACCCGCUUUCUAGAGAAAACUUCCAAUCUAUCCUCUUGUCUUCUAUGAAGCAUUACAAGAUCCAGGGCCGGGGAGUUGUCUUGCCACCAAACUGAUGGCCUGAGUUAGAUGCCCAGGACCCACAUACCAGGAGAGAACUGACUCCCACAGGCUGUCCUCCAACUUCUACACAGGCAUGUACGGCACCGUCAUACAAACAUGUAAGUUCUGUCAUGCAAACAAGAGACACUUUUCACAG